GAGUUGGAGUUGCUGUCCAACCAGCAACGAAAUUAAAGGACUUAACAUUUUCUGCUACGUUUGGAUUUGCCUCUAUUUGCUCCACAUUGUUUGCAAACUUGACUUUGCAGGAUGUUGCAGAUUCCUUACCGUUCAAUCAGAUCCAGAAUCUGCAUUCGAUGGUAUCGAUGGCCCUUACAGAGCUACACAACGAUCCUGGGAGAGAUGCUGUCGUGUCUUGUGUUGUCCUGCUGAUGUCGGGAGUGCAAAUCGAGGAGUAAUCCUCGAUGUUAGUCGUAUGUUUGCGACUGCAUUCCACAAGACAGGAAUCAGUGGCAACAUGGUGUUCACUGACUUGGCGGCUUCGAUGGCUUUAGUGCAGCUUCGUCAAGAGCGAGAAGAGCGGGAGCAUAACAGAGUGAAUAGCAUAGCAGCUGGGGAUAGGCCAUAUGCUGGGAAGCAAGGUGAAUGGGACCAUCCGUGUUCACCGAUAGACUUCGACGAUCCAGAGCAACAGACGAAGACUCAAGCAUAUGCAGAUUGUUGCUAUUAUAUGAAGUAUGCCCUGGCGGCUUAUGGAUGGCCUCUGUUGAUGUUGAUGCACAUUGGGACCGGGUUGUGUCGCAUGGUACCUGACUGCCGGUGCUGUGCUUGCUGCAGAACGCAUCGUACUCCGGAUGACGACUGUCUAGAAUGUAACACUUCUGCAGUCCUCUACCAGACUGGUUUGAGCAGAGAUGAUAUUAUUCACAUUACUUGCCACAACAAAGCAUACAGACCUCCGUUUUUUGUCUCUGUAGACAGGACGAAACGAGCCGUCGUUGUUUCUAUUCGAGGGACUUUGUCAAUUAGUGACGCUCUAACAGACGUCACAGCAGAAGCGGUCAGUUUUGAACACACUGCAGGCACACUGCAUGCUCACAGAGGAAUUUUCAAAGCAGCAAAGUACGUCAAGACUCAAGUUGAACAACAUAACUCGGGAGAAUCGUGCAUAUUGGACAGAGCAUUUGAAUAUGCGAAAGAAGUGGAUCCCAAUGGAGAUUACAAGUUGGUAGUAGUCGGUCAUUCACUCGGCGGAGGCACGGCCAGUAUUCUAUCUCUUCUCUUUGUCUUAGAACGUAGUUACCCCGGUCUGCUUUGCUUUGCUUACUCACCACCUGGUGGUCUUCUUAGUCUACCUGCUGUGGAAAUAACAAAGGAAUUCACGACGUCGGUUGUUCUUGGAAAAGAUCUGAUACCACGACUUAGUUUGGAAAAGACAUAUCAACUAUUAAACAACAUGAUGGCUGAAACACAGAGGACGUUGUCCCCCAAAUGGCUUAUUCAAUUGAAAUGCUUCUGUGCUUGCUGCUGCCGCUGCCAAAGUUGCCAACGUGAUGAAACGAUAGAAAGAGAAAAGGAAAGUGAAGCACCACAUGGUGACAAUGCAAAUGGAACGGGUUAUUGUAUGGCAGAAGGUAGGCUGGCGUGUCCUCCGUUAUACACACCGGGCAAUAUCAUCUACAUCACAGCUUUUCCCGAGGAUAAGAAGUCUUACCGAGCUUAUUGGACUGACUACAAAGAAUUUCACACAGUCUUUGUAGGAGCAGCAAUGGUUGGAGACCACCUUGCACAUAAUGUGUACGAUGCUUUGCAAGCUCUGAACCCUGAUAAAGAUGUGUGACAAAGAUAAUCUUCUAUUUGUGAUAUUAGUAGUGCAUUUUCAAGGUUUCAAUGUAUACACACAUUUUACAGGAUUUUUUAUUAAUUAAGCUAUACCUGGUAAGAAUACAUAAAUAAAGUAGGAUAAUUUGCCUAAAUAAAUAUCAUUUUGAAAAUGCAUAAACUUACAA